AUGUCUCACUGCCACGACGGGCACGAUGGACACGACCACCACCAUGACCAUGAACACGAUCACUCAGACGACAUCACACCGGCUUUACAAUCAUCACUAUAUCAGCAAAUCAACUUUGACGAAAUCACCACACUAAAUGAAUCGAUACGAGACGCCGGGAAGGCCGUCGUCAAGAAGACGUGGGCGGAAAGACUAAGCCCCGAGCCUGAAUUGGAGAGCGACGCUGAUGAGCAGCUGCUCAUGACUGUGCCUUUCUCAGCCCAAGUCAAGCUACACUCCAUCCUCAUCCGCACAUCUCCCGCCCUCUCUGCUCCCAAAACACUCCACCUCUACAUCAACCACGACAACCUGGACUUCUCUACAGCCGAAGACAUGGAUCCCGUGCAAAAGAUUGAGCUCUCGCAGACGUCUGACGUGCAGGAGAUCCCCGUGAAGAGAGCGCUGUUCGGCAAAGUCCAGCGUUUGGUGCUCUUCUUUGUGGAUAAUUUCGGAGAUGGGGAUGAGGACGUCUCCCGGAUUAGUUACAUUGGGUUCAAGGGCGAGUGGACGAAGCUGGGGAAGGCCCCGACGAAUAUCUUGUAUGAGGCGGCGCCGCAGCCGGGGGAUCAUAAGGUCAAGGGGACGAGUGUGAAUGAGAUGGGGAGUGGGAUUGGCGGGAGGGGGCCGGGGCAGUAG